AUGGUCUGCAGUGUCGAUCAUGCAAACUCCAGUGCAUUGGUCGGGAUUCAGGACAAUCGAAAGAGAAUAGGCAUCACUUUGCACUACCAAACCUACCACGCUGUCAACAAUCGGAAAUGGCAGAUUCACUAUUUUGCUCCAAUACCGGUCAACCACCAGGUAGUUGUCGAUGUACUUUGGCCAUAUUCAGCAUUUAAAGUGGCCGUCGUCACAAUUAUAUCGAAGCGGACUUCCGACACGUGCAAAUUCAAGUGGUUCCGCUUGCUGUUCGAAAAAAUAGGACGUGUCGUUGAGUCUCGGGUGCCGGUGAAGCUCAAGGCUCGCGGACCUCUGAAGCAGGGACAUCAGUGGCGUAACUGCUGGUGGCGUUUAGACUUUAUAAUAAUGGGGUUCUGGCUGUGGUACAAGAACAUGACUUUUGGUUACAGCGAAAACUGGACUGAGACAGUGCAACUGCGUCAAAAGGUCUUCCGUAGGCAGAUCACAGAAUCGCCUUCAGAGUGGCGCACGGGUGUAGUACGGCUUGGCGAUCCCAUCCAUAUCAUUCGGGAUAUCACCGAAAAGACAGCGCAGCAAGCCAAGGUGCUUGGGUCGCAUCGAUCAAUGCAUUCACGGUUCACCAAACGCGUGAUGGGAAAGAAUUCACCUUACGUAGAGGAUACCGAUCUUUGGAAAGAGUCAUUUGGGAGGUUCACUAUUACGAAAGUUGGCGUGGUUACGGCGCAAACUGAUAUACAAAUGCACGAGCGGCAAGAUACUGGGGACGUGAGACUGAUAAGGGGGGGUGCCAAGAAGCGAACAUCCGGAGUUUGA